CCUCUGGCAGGUUAUGUUCACCGUCUGCGUGCAGGUGCUUGAAGAGGCCAGAGGGGUCAGAUCUGGAACUGCAGUUCGAGGCUGUUGCGGGUGCCAGGAACUGGCCCUGUGUCCUGUGAAAGAGCGGGAGGGGCUGUUAACCCCUCAGCCAUCUCUCCUGCCUAGCGUUAGCUUUUGAGGGUGUUUGCCUGUUUGAGAAAGGCUCAUACUUUAUUCCCAACUGGUCUUAAACUGUAUGUGGUUCAGUUUGGCCUAGAAUCAGCAGUACUGUAGCCUUGAAAACAAUUGAACCACAAGUCUUCAAGGGCCUCUUGACAUCUCAGGCUAUUUCAGCAUAGAUGUGGUAGGAAUCUUUGUAAAACUGGCCUCACCUGUGAUAAGAGUUUGUAUAGUAUUUAUGUUCACAAAAUGCGUUUAUCCCAAGAUUUUGUUGCCAAUAGAUAUUUUGUUUAUAAAAUGCCAGUUGCCCCCUCACCUGCUUUACAGCGUACACUUACCAUUUUAUCUCCAUUAUAAUGUGGCUAAGUGGGAGAGUGUUUGCCUAGCAUGCUUCAUACUCAGCUCUUGGAAACAACUGGACAUCCCAAAGUUGAAUGUGACAGCUCCUGAAUAGUGUUUGCAGUUCUUGAUUGCUUGGUCUACAGGACUGUGAUAGUACAUGUCACCAGUAGAUGAUAGUCAAGUCAGAAAACAAAACAAAAACCCUGCCAAGAAGUCAGUGAAUUUCCAAUUCUCACAUAGGAUGAUGAUACCUCCAGUUUUCCUGUGCCCCUGUUAACCCUGUUUCUGUAGCUGAGGUGGAGUGAUUCUCUGAGGGUAUUUCUUUAGCCAUUAUUUCAUCAGUUCUGAUUAGAUACGUCUAAGUAAGCAGGUGGUUUUGUUACAGUGUUAAAUGUGAAGACAUUGGCUCUGUGUAGGGAAGGGAUAUGCUCGACUUCCUGGGACUUAUGUUCUGGUGGGAGAGACAGAAAAACAGCAACACCUGUGGUAGGUGUUGCAAGAAGGCCAGCUUGAUCUAUAGAGCGAGUUCUAGGACAACCAAAGCUACACAGAAAUCCUGUCUUGAAAAAACUACUGGGGUGUACAGUCAGCCUCUAGACUAGUCUAGGGGAGGUCAUCAUGUAGGUUUGCCUGGAGAGGAAAUUAUAGAAGCCAGUCUCAGGAGGAGGAAGGGGAAAUAGUGUUUGUAGCAUAGGAAAUAGCAUGUAUGCAAGCCUCAAGGUGGGGUGAAGCAAGCCAGCCGCAUCUGAGGAUCUGGAAGAUUCAUUGUGACUAACAGUUGUGGAAAUGAUGGUCUUUAUUUAGAACGAGAAGGAGACAGAGACAGUCUCAUUGUGUAUCCCUGGCUGGCUCCAGAGAACUCGGAGGCAGAGGCAGUUGAUUAUGGAAGAUUCCCACAAGAGUAACACUUCAGAGACUGCACCUCAUCCUGGUUCAACAGUUCAGGGAACUCACAUUUCUCAGAUAAUAGCCCAUCAGGUGUCAUCUUUAUCAGAAAGUGAGGAGUCUCAGGACUCAUCUGACAGCAUAGGCUCCUCACAGAAAGCUCACGGGAUCCUGGCUCGGCGCCCAUCUUACAGGAAAAUUUUGAAAGACCUCUCUUCUGAAGAUACACGGGGCAGAAAAGGAGACGGAGAAAGUCCUGGUAUUUCUGCUGUCACGUCUAUGUCUGUUCCAACCCCCAUCUAUCAGACCAGCAGCGGACAAUACAUUGCCAUUGCACCAAACGGAGCCUUACAGUUGGCCAGUCCAGGCACAGAUGGAGUGCAGGGACUGCAGACAUUAGCCAUGACAAAUUCCAGCAGUACUCAGCAAGGUACAAUCCUCCAGUACGCACAGACUUCAGAUGGACAGCAAAUACUCGUCCCAAGCAACCAGGUGGUCGUACAGACUGCAUCAGGAGACAUGCAGACCUACCAGAUCCGAACCACACCGUCUGCCACUUCACUGCCACAGACUGUGGUGAUGACUUCUCCUGUGACUCUUACAUCUCAGACAACAAAGACUGACGACCCCCAACUCAAAAGGGAAAUACGGCUGAUGAAAAACAGAGAAGCCGCUCGAGAAUGCCGCAGGAAGAAGAAGGAGUACGUGAAGUGCCUGGAGAACCGAGUCGCCGUUCUGGAAAACCAAAAUAAAACUCUAAUAGAAGAGCUAAAAACUUUGAAGGAUCUUUAUUCUCAUAAAAGUGUUUGAUUCUUUAAAGUAUUUUUAUGGACUUGCUUUAAAAUGAGGUGGAUUUCUUUUUAGUGGAGUUUUAUAAAUUCAGAGGUCAAAGAAGCUACUUUGUAUUAGGUUCUUACAGUGCACAAGUUGACAGAGGGUAAGUGGAGAUGAGCAGGAGGAAGCUGCUGGUAGGACUGGAAGAUCCAGGGCAAGUACUCCAGGAAAUGGACAUCAGCAAUGGAACUUAGACAGCGUCCAGCCAGAAGGGGCGGCGGCGGCGGCAGCAGCACUGGGAAGAACCCACUCCCUCUCAGUUUGUAUUCUUACUGUUUGUUUCCGAAGAUUUGCCUUUUCAUUUGUGUGUGUGAGUGUGUGUGUUUGAUCCCUGCCAAUAAAUUCUAAAUUACAAAUGUAAAAGAAAGCAUAAUACGUUACUAAGUAUGUAAAUUAUGUGGUCUGAUUGUUACAUGUCAUAUUGUCAGGUGUGUUAAAUGAGUUUUAAUAGUUGCUUUUGUUGGACUUGAGGGGUUUUGAGAAGUGUUCUAACAGGCGAAGGGCACAGGAUCUGAAGAUGGUGAUUUGUAACAUUUUUAUCAGAAUGGAAAAUUUGACAGUUUUAAAUAGUUGAUUUUUGCUUCUGGAAGGUAAGGGCAAUUUUUCACAAGGAUAUAAUAAUUUUUUUUAAUUCUCUAAUCCUGUAUGCAGUUGAAGAGCAUUACUCUUUUGUGCUUUAACAGAAUGAAGUGUUUACAAAUGCCCUUAAAAUCUUUUCAAUAACCUGAAGAAGAUGUACACCAAAGCUUCCCGAGAGGGUUUAUAAUCAUCUUUCUGUAGGUUUGUCAGGUUCUAAAGUAGUUACCAAGGCAACUUGCCUUGAGACUAUUUUGUAAUGUAGCCAAGGGUACCUUUAUAAGAGAAGGGACUGCCGAUAUAUUUUUAUAGUGAAUCUUUAUAAAUUCUAAUGUCGAGUUUUUAAUGAUUAUUUUAAAUGUUUAUAUAUAGUUUGUUUAGUAAAAAAAUUUGUAUCUCAAAUUACCAUUUUUUAUAUUAUGAGAAGAGUAAAGUUUUCAAUUGGCUGAUAUUGAAUUGUACUUUUUCUAUGAAGUUUAUCUAAAGUUCAAGCUGUGGUCAGUACACCAGUGUUUAACCUCUGUAUUCUAAUCUGUAUACACUUUGAAACUGUACUGCAAAACUGUUGUGUGCCUAUAUAGUAUAUUUCAUAUGGUCUAUGAAAUUAAAGAACAUUUGGUAAGAUUAA